AUGCGGCCAUCGGCUACAUUCCUCCCCCCACCAUUUCUCCCAUCCGCCUCUUCUCUCCCGCAUGCUCCCACCUUCCCCUCUGAACCCCCGCAACCCUCUCUCCCCCCAUCGUCCGCUGGUCUGCUGGCAGCGGAGAACGCAGCAGCGGGCUUUCCAGACCAUCCCCACCGAGGCUUUGAAACCGUGUCCUACGUGCUUCAGGGAUCGUUUGUGCACGAGGAUUUCAACGGCCACAAGGGGCAGCUGUACGCGGGGGACGUGCAGUGGAUGACAGCUGGCAGGGGCGUGGUGCACUCGGAGAUGCCUGGCGGGGGUCCCACCCACGGGCUGCAGCUCUGGGUCAACCUCGCCGCUAAAGACAAGAUGGUGCCAUCAGCCUACCAGGAGCUAAAGGAUGCCGACAUUCCCAAGGCAUCCCUCAACGGCGUGCACGUGGCCGUCAUCGCCGGCACCGCCCUCGGCGCCUCCUCCCCCGUCGUCACGCGCACGCCCACCUCCUACCUCUCCUUCCGCCUCAACCCCGGCGCGCACCUCGCGCAACCGCUCCCCACCGCGUGGAACGCCUUCAUCUACACGCUCUCAGGAGCCGCCACCAUCGGGGAGAAGGGGGCGGAGCCUAUCGGUGCACAUCACACGGUGGUGCUGGGUCCAGGGGAUGGUGUGCACGUGUGGAACGAGGGCGCGGAGGAGUGCCGCUUUGUGCUGAUAGCGGGGCAGCCUAUAGGCGAGGCGGUGGUGCAGUACGGUCCGUUUGUGAUGAACACAGAGGAGGAGAUCCAGCAAGCGUUGAGUGACUACCGCCGCGGGGUCAACGGCCUCCGCACGCGCGCAAUGCCCGCCGCUCCCCCGCAGUCCUGCGCGCUGCUCCCCCCUCUCCUCGCCGUCGGCGCGCUCACCUCUCUUGCGCUCGCCCUCGCCGCCCUCCACUUCUCCCUCCGCCGCCGCCUGCCCCCUCCGCGCGCGCUCAAGCGCGCCGCCGCGCUCUGCCUGCUCUACACGCUCGCGCUCGCGCUCCUCUCGCUCCCCGCGCCCUUUGCGCCCGCCUUCAGCCCCUGCGCUGCCCCGCGCGCGGAUAACAAUGCGGAGGCGGCGCGAGAACUAGGGGAGAAAGACGGGGUAGGCUGCGGGAAUGAGGUGGGCGGAUGGGGGUCGGCGCGCGGAGAAGAAAAUUGGGGAGAUGGCGCAGGAGGCGGAGGGCUGAGCAGGGGGGAGGAGGUGGAGAGAAGGGACGCGGAGGCGCAGGCGGAGGGGGAAGCGAUGGGGAAAGCAGGAGAGGCGAGGGCGGGAGAGGCAGGGGAAGAGCGGGAGAUAAUGGAGGGGGAGGUGAGUGCAGGGGUGCAAGGAGAGGUGGCAGGUGCAGCAGCAGGUGAUGUGGUGGUGGGUACUGGCAGUGCUGCUACAACACGUGGCACGGGUGGCAGCGCGAGCAAGAGUGGUGAAAGCGCUGGUGGCGCAGAGGUAGAGGGCGCGGAGGGCGGAGCGAAGGGCGGAGAGGGCGGGGAUCGCGGAGAGGGCUCGGAGGGCGGAGAGGGCGCGGAGGGCGGAGAGGGCGCGGAUGGCGGAGAGGGCGCGGAGGGCGCGGAGGGCGGGGAGGGCGCGGAGGCAGUGCAACCCACAUCACCUGGCACACAGCCGCCCGCCCCUCAACUGCUCUCACCGCCCCCACACUCCACCCCCUCGCUUCUUCCUCCCUCACUGCCUCCCUCCCUGCCACCACCCUCCCCAUCCCCCCAUCCCCCAUCCAAUCCCUCCUCUCCCCCACUCUCCCCUCCUCCCCACCCCGCCCCGUCCUCCCCCUAUCCAUCCUCCUCCCUCCAUCCCUCCCCCACGCUCCCCAACCCCCUCUCAACCCCGCUCUCCUCCCCAUCCCCAUCAUCACCCCUCCCCACCACCCCCCCUUCACCAUCCGUCCUCCUCCCCCCCACCCCCUCACCGGCGCGCUUCUUCAUCUACCGACUGAUCGGCAACGACAUGCCGCCGCUGCAGUGUGGGCAGCAGCUGCACCGCAACACGCUCUACGCGCUGCAGCACGAGCCGCCCCUCCUGGAGCAAGCAAGGCGCCUGUGGGUGCUGAACCACGUGGUGAACAGCACUGCACUGGCUGACCUGGUAGAGGCCAUGCGCCAACACGGGGUCAAGGACGAGGUAUGA